AUGAAAUUACACGCAGCCACCGUCCUUGCUACCCUCAUUGCUGUAGCUUCGGCUGCACCUGCUCCUCAGACCCAAAACAAAAACCCUGCUAUAUCUGCCCUGGAGAAGCGCUUCCAGGUUAACGACUGUGGCGACUCGACAUUUGAGAACCAAAGCUCAAGUGGCUCUCCCCUUGUCUCCGACUGCCAAAAAAUCGCCUCCAACAUUGCCAGCGGCGGAACGUGGACCGUUAUGUCCGGUACCCAGCACCAGCUUGUUCAAUACGGAACGUGUGCAUUUGGUGUUACAUUCCACUAUCCAGUUGCCCAAUCCGUUAAAAUUGGCAAUCAGGAUAUCAUCGACCUGAUCAACACCUCUAUCUCGAAGUUCCAGUGGUUCGACAAGGUCGGCGCUAAGGGUCAGAUGCCCUGCCAGACUGUUAGCGAAGGUGAUGAAAUCGUUGAAUGGGGUAUAUAUUAG